GUGCCGUGGGGAACAAAUAGCGAAGCUGUGUGUCCGGUGUUACAUUGCUUGGCGCUUGGUUGAUUAGGCAACGGUCGCGCGCCAUCAUUUCGACUCACCGUCGGUCGCGCGCGCUCGCUACCUUAAAAACAAAACAAAUAUUGUGCAGUGCUCGUGACAUUAACAUUUAGUGAUUUUAAUAACAAAUUUGGAUUAUAACUUUUUUUUUGUAAAAAUGACAGCCGGCGCUGAAGAGCAUGAGCCCCUGAUUUCAUCUUCAGCUGAACAUCAGCGGGUCACUUACAACACUUCGCCACAGGACUCCAAUACUCCGGAACCCCUUGUGACCGAAGGAGAGGUGUCUCUCACCAUCCCACAGCGCAACUAUGGGGCCAUCGGCGGCGUGGAAAAGGUCACGUACACCUGGGCGGACAUCAACGCCUUCGCCACAGAAAACAGGUCCAGGAGCAGAAGGUUCUGGAACUUCUGGAAGGGGUCCAAUGAUCGCAUGUUCCAGCAGAGGAAACAGUUGUUGAAAAAUGUAAACGGCGCCGCGUACCCCGGCGAACUCCUCGCCCUCAUGGGUUCCUCGGGCGCCGGCAAAACCACUCUCCUGAACACACUGACCUUUCGUACCAAUGGCGGAGUGGUAUCCAGUGGUACACGAGCUCUAAAUGGUCAGCUAGCGACCCCAGAAGCGCUGACGGCGUUGUCGGCAUAUGUGCAGCAACAGGAUUUGUUUAUUGGCACGCUGACUGUUAGAGAGCAUCUAGUGUUUCAGGCUUUAGUACGAAUGGAUCGUCACAUACCAUACGCACAACGGAUGCGCAGAGUGGGAGAAGUCAUUCAAGAGCUAGCCUUAUCAAAGUGCCAGAACACCGUAAUCGGCAUACCAGGACGCUUAAAGGGCAUAUCAGGUGGCGAGAUGAAACGUCUGUCCUUCGCCAGCGAGGUUCUUACGGAUCCGCCGCUAAUGUUCUGCGAUGAACCCACCUCCGGCCUUGAUUCAUUCAUGGCUCAGAAUGUCAUCCAGGUGUUGAAGGGACUGGCGCAGAAGGGUAAGACAGUGGUGUGCACAAUCCACCAACCGUCUUCGGAGCUAUACGCCAUGUUCGAUAAGUUGCUCAUCAUGGCGGAUGGACGCGUUGCGUUCCUCGGCUCGCCUGACCAGGCCACGGACUUCUUUAAGGAAUUAGGAGCGGCGUGUCCAGCCAAUUACAACCCCGCGGACCACUUCAUACAAAUCCUGGCCGGAGUACCAGGCAGGGAAGAGGCGACCCGCCACACUGUGGAUACAGUAUGCACGGCGUUCGCCAAGUCUGAACUAGGGUGCCAAAUAGCUGCCGAGGCUGAAAAUGCAUUGUUGCACCGGCGCAAGAUUUCCUCCGGCUGGACGGACUCAGCAUGGUCGACCCCAAGUCUGCGCUCGCGCCGCUCUCCAUAUAAAGUAUCAUGGUGGGCGCAGUUCCGGGCUGUUCUUUGGCGAUCCUGGCUUUCAGUUACUAAAGAACCCAUGCUUAUCAAAGUGCGGUUUCUACAGACUAUUAUGGUGUCCAUAUUGAUCGGGGUGAUCUACUUCGGCCAACAUUUGGACCAGGAUGGUGUCAUGAACAUCAAUGGAGCCAUCUUUAUGUUCCUCACCAACAUGACCUUCCAGAACAUCUUUGCUGUCAUCAAUGUAUUCUGCUCCGAGCUGCCCAUCUUCAUCCGCGAGCAUCACAACGGCAUGUACCGCGCCGACGUCUACUUCCUAUCGAAGACCCUGGCCGAAGCACCAGUGUUCGCCACGAUUCCGUUGGUGUUCACCACCAUCGCGUAUUACAUGAUCGGGCUCAAUCCGGCGCCAGAGCGCUUCUUUAUAGCGUCAGGAUUAGCGGCGCUCAUUACGAAUGUUGCUACUUCGUUUGGUUACCUGAUCUCAUGCGCGAGUAGCAGCGUAAGCAUGGCUGCCUCCGUGGGGCCUCCUAUCAUCAUCCCCUUCAUGCUGUUUGGAGGGUUCUUCCUCAACUCAGGGUCAGUGCCUCCAUACCUGGGCUGGAUAUCUUACUUAUCCUGGUUCCGGUACGGCAACGAGGCGCUGCUGGUGAACCAGUGGGCCGGCGUGGACUCCAUCGCGUGUACGAGGGAGAACUUCACGUGUCCAGCUUCGGGCCAAGUCGUGCUGGAGACGCUCAGCUUUUCAGAGAACGACUUCACCUUCGACGUAGUCAACAUGGUGCUUUUGUUCAUCGGAUUCCGCCUGCUCGCCUACAUCGCGCUACUUAUACGAGCGAGGAGAACAAAGUGAAGUCACAAUCACAUUGAAGCCGUAUGCUUUGUUGGUUGAUAUGAAAUAAUGUGGUAGGUCAGAGCCGUGGAAAUAAUAAUAUAUUCUUUAUUGUGCACCACAUAAUGAAAAAAGAAUACAAAUAAAGAACACACAUUACAUAAUGUUAUUUAAAGGGAAUAUAAUUUAAUUUAUUUAUUUUAUUUUAUUUAACUUUAUAUUAUAAGGGGAAGAUUUUAAAAGUUGAGUCAUAUCGGGAAUAUUUAAAAUAAAAUUGCUUGGAGUAGUAGAUCUAAGUAAACAGUAAACCAUAGACCAAGAAUGGCGCUUACGCGCAUUGAAACAUAUCUAAGCAAGGGAAAGAAUAAAUUGUUGAUAAGUAAAUAAAAAUUAAAAAUAGCUUGCGGAAUAAAAAUAUAGCUAAUCGACUAUAAAUACUAUAAUAUAUAUGUUCCAGUUCAUAUUAAUUAAAACUAUUUAAGUAGGUCUAUUCAUGUGCGUAUGCUUUGGAAGAACUUGUGUUGAAAUAUCAUAACUUUAUUUUCUAUACACAAUCAUAAGAAGGAAAUUUUUGUGAGUUUUUUUAUACAUUUAAUACCUUUUCAAACGUGUAUAUGUGUUAUAAUAAGGUCGGUAAAGUAUAAUAUAAUGUAUAUUGCAUAAUUGUUAGCAAAAUAAAUUAAUAUUUACUAAAGCUGUAUAAAGUAGAUUUUUUUUGUUUAAAAUUUUGUACACCAGUAUUUUUUUAAUAAAUUUUGAAAGACUUAGUAUAAUGCGUAAGAUUU